CUCCACCCUCGCCCCCUUGCCAUCCCCCAAACUAACGAAGCUGAUUGUCUUAGGUAGCCCUGUGGGUGCUGGCUGGGCGGCCGGCCGCAGGCCACAGGCGGAGGUGCCACCCGCCAGAGCCCCACCAGACACACAGGGCAUUGUCCCUCAGUCAACAGCCCCUGGGCACCUCAGCCCGGCUCCUGGCUUGCCCCCACGCCCCUCACCGCCUGCCGCCGCGCCAGGCCCGCCAGCUGGGAGCCCAAGGUUCCCAGGCGAUGACGAGCCCACCCACCCACUCCCCCGGCAGCCCCCUGACGAGCUAUAAUUGCUGCGCUGAGUCCUGUUGCUGCCAUUCUCGUGGCAGAGGCAUCUGGGGUUCCAGGCGGGCGGCAGCUGCAGGCUGAUCGCCUGGCUCAAGGGAUGGACUGGCCGCAUAACCUGCUGUUCCUUCUCACCAUCUCCAUCUUCCUGGGGCUGGGCCAGCCCAGGAACCCCAAAGGCAAGAGAAAGGGGCCAGGGCGGCCUGGGACCCUGGCCCCUGGGCCUCACCAGUUGCCACUGGACCUGGUGUCCCGGGCAAAGCCCUAUGCCCGCAUGGAGGAAUAUGAGAGGAACCUGGGGGAGAUGGUGGCCCAGCUGAGGAACAGCUCCGAGCCGGCCAGGAGGAAGUGCGAGGUCAUGCAGCUGUGGCUGUCCAACAAGAGGAGCCUGUCACCCUGGGGCUACAGCAUCAACCAUGACCCCGGCCGCAUUCCUGAAGACCUGCCGGAGGCGCAGUGCUUGUGUCUGGGCUGCGUGAACCCCUUCACCAUGCAGGAGGACCGCAGCAUGGUGAGCGUGCCCGUGUUCAGCCAGGUGCCUGUGCGUCGCCGCCUCUGCCCACCGCCGCCACGCCCCGGGCCCUGCCGCCAGCGCGCGGUCAUGGAGACCAUCGCCGUUGGCUGUACCUGCAUCUUCUGAGACAGUCCUCCCCACACCCCCUUGCCGAGCAAGGCGAUGAAAAGUAAAGGCUGUCUUUUGUAAAGCAAGAACUUGGGUUUGCUCCUUGUGGCUCUGAAGCCAAAACUGGGUGGGAGGUAGAUUUCAAUCAAUGUGGAGGAAGAUUUUCCAUC